CGUGUCCCAGUCCCACUCGCCACCAGUAUAUUCUCUCUCCGCUCUGCACUGCCCACUGCUCGUCUCCUUGCUUGCGCUUCCUCCGUCCCCCUAGCCGCUGCAGGUCCUAGUUGCCCCACCCCUCACGCCAAUGCAGCUUCCCCCUGUUUUGUUGCUUUGACCGCCUUAAACACCUCAGGGCCUGCAGAUGUCGCACCGAAUCACAUCCCCUUCACGCCUCCUGCUCGAAUUCCUAACGCCCGAGAAACCAAUAACCUGGUGGUGAUGCCGCUGAGCAACGCCGUCACCGUCACUUAAUCCCAACUCCCCCACUAGUUGUCUCUCUUCUUCUCUUCGGUUACAAGAGCAGACCGGAGUUAGCGGGCAGUGGAGGCCGCGAUGAAGAGCCCCCCUGUCAUGGACCCCGAGGCGCCGCCGGCGGGCACUCCUCCCGAUGACGAGGAGGAGAAGCGGGGAGGACGGAAGGGGGUGCCGUGGCGGAUGACGCUGAGCCUGGCUUACCAGAGUCUCGGCGUGGUGUACGGCGACCUCAGCACAUCGCCGCUGUACGUCUACAAGGCGGCGUUCGCGGAGGACAUCCAGCACACGGAGAGCAACGAGGAGAUCCUCGGCGUGCUCUCCUUCGUCUUCUGGACGCUCACGCUCGUCCCGCUCCUCAAGUACGUCUGUGUCGUCCUCCGCGCCGACGACCACGGCGAGGGCGGCACCUUCGCGCUCUACUCCCUCCUCUGCCGCCACGCGCGCGCCGCGCUCCUCCCGCCAGGACGAACCGCCGCCUGGGACGAGGACCAGUUCUCGGACGGAGCCGGCGGUGGCACCAACAAGGCUACGGCGCAGAAUGGCAAUGCUGUGACGCUGGGAGGGGGCGCCGCCGCCAGCGUCAGGAGGCUGCUGGAGCGGCACAAAGUGCUGCAGCGGGUUCUGCUCGUGCUGGCGCUGGUGGGCACCUGCAUGGUGAUCGGCGACGGCGUGCUCACGCCGGCCAUCUCCGUGUUCUCUGCGGUCUCCGGGCUGGAGCUGUCCAUGGCGAAAGAACAUCAUAAAUAUGUGGAACUUCCUAUUGCCUGUAUCAUACUGGUUUGCCUGUUUGCACUGCAACACUACGGUACACACCGGGUUGGCUUCAUUUUUGCUCCAGUGGUGAUCACAUGGCUCCUAUGUAUAACCCUGAUCGGUGUUUACAAUAUUAUUCACUGGGAACCCACUGUAUAUCGAGCAUUAUCUCCGUAUUACAUGUACAAGUUCUUGAGGAAGACACAGAGAGGAGGUUGGAUGUCCCUGGGAGGAAUACUGUUAUGUGUAACCGGUUCUGAAGCAAUGUUUGCUGAUCUGGGGCAUUUCAACCAGUUGUCAAUACAGAUUGCUUUUACAUGCAUGGUGUAUCCAGCAUUGAUCCUUGCAUACAUGGGACAAGCUGCUUAUCUGUGUAAGCAUCAUAUCAUGGAAAGUGACUACAGGAUCGGAUUCUAUGUGUCUGUGCCAGAGAAAAUUAGGUGGCCCAUUAUGGCAAUUGGUAUUCUUGCAGCAGUUGUGGGAAGCCAAGCCGUCAUCACUGGUACAUUCUCAAUGAUCAAGCAGUGCGCUUCUCUGGGCUGCUUUCCUCGGGUGAAGAUAAUCCAUACAUCUGCCAAAGUACACGGGCAAAUAUACAUCCCUGAGAUCAAUUGGAUUAUGAUGAUACUGUGCUUAGCUGUAACCAUUGGUUUUAGGAACACAAAACACUUGGGAAAUGCAUCAGGAUUGGCUAUUAUAACCGUCAUGCUGGUCACAACGUGCCUGAUGUCCCUGGUGAUAGUCCUGUGCUGGCAUAAGAGCAUAUUCCUUGCGAUUGGCUUCAUCCUGUUCUUUGGGACCAUUGAGGCACUGUACUUCUCAGCCGCACUCAUCAAGUUCAGGGAGGGAGCCUGGGUCCCAAUCGUUCUUGCUCUCAUCUUCAUCCUGAUAAUGUGCGUCUGGCACUAUGGCACCAUCAAGAAGUACGAGUUCGACGUCCAGAGCAAGGUCUCCAUCAACUGGCUCCUUGGUCUCAGCCCGAACCUUGGCAUUGUCCGCGUCCGUGGCAUUGGCCUCAUCCACACCGAGCUCGAAACCGGCAUCCCAGCUAUCUUCUCGCAUUUCGUCACCAACUUGCCUGCCUUUCACCAGGUACUCAUAUUUAUGUGCAUCAAGAACGUGCCGAUACCACAUGUCCGGCCUGAAGAGCGGUUCCUCGUCGGAAGGAUCGGCCCCAAGCAGUACAGAAUCUACCGGUGCAUCGUCAGGUACGGCUACCAAGACUUCCACAAGGACGACGUGGAGUUCGAGAAGGAGCUGGUGUGCAGCGUGGCCGAGUUCAUCCGGUCAGGGUCGUCCAAGCUGAACGGCACGGCUGAGGAGGUCGACGAGGAGGAGGAGCAGCGCAUGGCGGUCGUCCGCUCCAACAGCGUCCGCAUGCUGGAGGAAGAGGCCACGGUGCAGAACACCGUCGGGGUCGGCCCGUCGUCGCGGGCCAGCAGGGAGAUACAGUCGCCGUCGCCGGCCCCGGCGACUGGGGUUGGGCCCAAGAACAAGAAGCGGGUGCGGUUCGUGCUGCCGGCAGCGAGCCCGAAGCCGGACGCCGGCGCGCAGGAGGAGCUGCAGGAGCUGUCGGACGCGCGGGAGGCCGGCAUGGCGUUCAUCCUGGGCCGCUCGCACGUGAAGGCGAAGAGCGGGUCCGGCUUCCUCCGCCGGCUCGUGAUCAACUUCUGCUACGACUUCCUGCGGAGGAACAGCCGGGGACCCCGCUACGCCGUCACCGUCCCGCACGCCUCCACGCUGGAGGUCGGUAUGGUGUACUUUAUCUGACUGGACUGAACUGAACAGCCCCCUGAAACUAACUCUGGGAGUGAGAAACUCAGAAACAUAGGAACAUGAAAAGAUAAGAUGAGGUGAAACAAAAAAAAAGGUUUUCAGCUGUAUAUGCUAGGUUUUGUAACUGCUGGUGAGUUUCGUUGUAAAAUGCAGCCCUGUUUUCUUGUUAGGCGUUCAGCUUCUCUCGUAAUCCACUAGAAAAUUUAUUAUUAUGGGCUAGUUUGGUAAUAUAUUUUUUCGAGGUAUUUCUAUUUUU